AUGCCUGUUGUCAGUGGCAAUCAAUUCUUCCAGCGCCAGGUACUGGAUGACUUAGUUGAUACACUGGGUGUCAUCAGACUGGAUGACUUAGUUGAUACACUGGGUGUCAUCAGACUGGAUGACUUAUUUGAUACACUGGGUGUCAUCAGACUGGAUGACUUAUUUGAUACACUGGGGGUCAUCAGACUGGAUGACUUAGUUGAUACACUGGGUGUCAUCAGUCUGGAUGACUUAGUUGAUACACAGCGUGUCAUCAGACUUGAUGACCUAGUUGAUACACUGGAUGUCAUCAGACUGGAUGACUUAGUUGAUACACUGGGUGCCAUCAGACUGGAUGACUUAGUUGAUACACUGGGUGUCAUCAGACUGGAAGACUUAGUUGAUACACUGGGUGACAUCAGACUGGAUGACUUAGUUGAUACACAGCGUGUCAUCAGACUUGAUGACCUAGUUGAUACACUGGGUGUCAUCAGACUGGAUGACUUAGUUGAUACACUUGGUGCCAUCAGACUGGAUGACUUGGUUGAUACACUGGGUGUCAUCAGACUGGAUGACUUAGUUGAUACACUGGGUGUCAUCAGACUGGAUGACUUAGUUGAUACACUGGGUGUCAUCAGACUGGAUGACUUGGUUGAUACACUGGGUGUCAUCAGACUGGAUGACUUAGUUGAUACACUGGGUGUCAUCAGACUGGAUGACUUAGUUGAUACACUGGGUGUCAUCAGACUGGAUGACUUAGUUGAUACACAGCGUGUCAUCAGACUUGAUGACCUAGUUGAUACACUGGGUGUCAUCAGACUGGAUGACUUAGUUGAUACACUGGGUGCCAUCAGACUGGAUGACUUAGUUGAUACACUGGGUGUCAUCAGUCUGGAUGACUUAGUUGAUACACUGGGGGUCAUCAGACUGGAUGACCUAGUUGAUACACUGGGUGUCAUCAGACUGGAUGACUUAGUUGAUACACUGGGUGCCAUCAGACUGGAUGACUUAGUUGAUACACUGGGUGUCAUCAGACUUGAUGACCUAGUUGAUACACUGGGUGUCAUCAGACUGGAUGACUUAGUUGAUACACUGGGUGUCAUCAGACUGGAUGACUUAGUUGAUACACUGGGUGUCAUCAGACUGGAUGACUUAGUUGAUACACUGGGUGUCAUCAGACUGGAUGACGUAGUUGAUACACUGGGUGUCAUCAGACUGGAUGACGUAUUUAAUACACUGGGUGUCAUCAGACUUGAUGACCUAGUUGAUACACUGGGUGUCAUCAGACUGGAUGACGUAUUUUAUACACUGGGUGUCAUCAGACUGGAUGACUAA